AGGGAGGUUGGACAGCGCGGGCCCCCAGUGCCAGCCCAAUAGACUGAUGAGUUAUUGUCAUGUAAAAGCGCUAGCAAUAAGACCAAACGCUUUGCCAUUGUCCAAGAGGAAAGAGCCAAGUUUAUUAUGAGGACUAUAUGCUCUAGAGACCUGAGGCUAGGCGGCUCUUAGGGGGCUUUUCAUAAAACAGGGCGAAGCUCCUAUAAAGGAGGCCAGUUUUGGAGCAGGCGCCGAGCAGUGCACAUCUACCCACGGUCUAGCCUCUUUCCAAAACAGUCAAAUCCAAGCAAGUCAAUUCUCCCCAUUUCAUCUCGUGUCAUUAUCAUUGUUUUUGUAAUCAAAUUUGAAGUUUAGAUUUUUUUUCCUGGGAAGUGCUGCUCUCUUUAUCCACUGAGCCUUUUCAAAUGUAUAAAAUGGAGUAUUCUUACCUAAAUUCCUCUGCCUACGAGUCAUGUAUGGCCGGGAUGGACACAUCGAGCUUGGCAUCAGCCUAUGCGGACUUCAGCUCGUGCAGUCAAGCCAGUGGGUUUCAGUACAAUCCGAUCAGGACCACGUUUGGGGCUACCUCCGGCUGCCCGUCUCUUACGCCGGGUUCUUGCAGUCUGGGGACACUGCGGGACCACCAAAGCAGCCCAUACGCCGCAGUUCCUUACAAACUCUUUACGGAUCAUGGCGGACUGAACGAGAAAAGAAAGCAGAGGCGCAUUCGGACCACUUUUACCAGCGCACAGCUCAAGGAGCUCGAGAGGGUUUUUGCUGAGACCCACUACCCAGAUAUCUACACACGUGAAGAGCUGGCGCUCAAAAUCGAUUUGACUGAAGCCAGAGUGCAGGUGUGGUUCCAAAACCGACGCGCCAAAUUCCGUAAGCAAGAGCGCGCGGCCUCUGCUGCUGCUGCCGCUGCCAAGAACGGCUCCGGGAAGAAGUCGGACUCUAGGGAAGAAGACAGUAAAGAGGCCAAAUCUACCGACCCUGACAGCACGGGAGGACCGGGGCCCAACUCUGUCCCAACCUCUAACUGCGGCGGGCCCAGUCCAACCGGUGGCCAGGUCAACGUUUCCAGCGGAAACGGACAAGUGGACCAAGUGAAGACGUCGGUGGCGCCCGGCAUGUGUGGAAACACACCGAGUCAAGGCUGGGCUUCCGCCCCGGGUACCAUCACCUCCAUCCCGGACUCAUUGGGUGGACCGUUCGCCAGCGUACUGUCCUCUUUGCAAAGACAGAACGGAGCCAAAGCUACAUUAGUAAAGACCAGCAUGUUCUAAUACAGCGGAGACCCACUGACAAAAUCAAACAAGAGAAACAUGGUUUACUCAGGUGACUGAGGAGUGUUGAGUCGUGAAAUGAGGGAUGUUACAAGAAAGACUGAAGGACACUGAUAGGCCUAUCAUAACCGCAGUUGUAAAAAGAUGAAGAUGACUACUCUGAUUUUUUUUGCCUCAGUCCUUCCCGGUUAUCGUCCAGUAUUGUGGUCAUUCUGCACUUAUAGCUGUCUGGUUCAAGUAACCACAAACUGCUAUGAGUCAAAAGCAGUGUCCCAUCAUAAGACCAGAUGUCAUCAAAAUGUCAGACACUGUACAACUGCUUGUUUUGUUUAGGUAGCCAACAUUCUGAUUUGACUGAAGAUCUUCGAUAUAUGGAAUGUCUCUGUUUAUUAUCGAACGAGACAGACUAUUUUGUUUUUUCCUGAUGCAACUUACUAAGUGUAAGUAGCCUAUACACCACUGUUUCAGGGCUCGUGAAGAAUUUCGUUUCUUUCAGUUGUUGACAUCAAAUGAACACCCUUAUUUCCUCAAAAAAGGCACAAAGUACAAAAGUUCACUGCUGACAGGAAUAUGUAAUUGUAUUGUGAGUCUUUCUACAGCUGUGUUUUUGUGGCUCAAAUUGUAUAGUGUUAAUAUGUAUUAUUGUAUCUAUCCUAUAGUUGACCUUAAGCCACACUCCCCAGUCCCUUUAGAAUCACUAAGUCUUUUUGACGUUUUACAAAAUUACCACUGGCGAAUUUAUUUUGGGUAAAAAAAGGGGAAUGUAUGCAAACAGUGUUAUUUCACUAUUAUUUGCAUGUCUUUUUGUCCGAUUUUAUAAUAAUUUCCCCCCAUUUUGUGAGCAUAAUGUAACACGUUUUGUCCAGGAUUUGAAAGUUAUUUAUAUGUAGGUAAUGAAUGCUUAUAUUUAAGGAAAUAUUUCUACAUGUGCACAUAGUUUUCCAGGUGUACCAUUGAAAUGGUUGUUGAUAAAAAUAAUCAAAGUUG